AUGGAACUUGAUUCCCUACUUGGGAAACAUGCCUCAUCAAAAGGAGAGUCUCUGUUGAUCGCACGGGUAGGCACGGAUUUUCGAGAACACUAUUCGAACGGGUCGACUCAAAUAUCUCCCCCAGAGUUCCCCUCAACCCUCGGAUGUGUGGCACUCCAGCGCGACUCUGCUAUUUGGUGCGAGAUGAAGCGUCUAUACGUUCUCAAGGAUACUCGCGGAGAACGCCUGAGUGAAACCCUCGUCGAAGCGAUCCUGGAGCAGGUCAGAGCGCUCUGGGUUAGAACGCACCUAGACACAUUACCUGAAAUGACAGCGGCACGACGACUGUCUCCGAAAUAUGGAGUCGUGGAUAUUGCACCGUAA